UUAACUAUGCUGACUGGACGUUGAAAUAACCGAGCAAAAGUAACACAAACUACCCCAGAAAACGUGACAAAUGGCGACUCCUGGAGGGGCAGUACUUCCCAAUCAAGAUGAGAUUGAAGAAGAUGCAUCUGAACUGAAAUUUUCUAAAGAAUUUGAGCAAGCGGAGACGUUACUGAACUCCGAGGUUCGUAUGCUCCUUGAGCAUCGGAAGCAGCAGAAUGAGAGCCAAGAAGAAGAGCAGGAGCUGAGCGAAGUCUUCAUGAAAACCCUAAACUACACAGAAAGAUUCUCCAGAUUUAAGAACAGGGAGACAAUAGCGGAUGUUAGAGGCCUCUUACAACAACAGAAGCUGCAUAAAUUUGAGCUUGCGUCGUUAGCAAACCUCUGCCCUGAGAAUGCUGAGGAAGCCAAGGCCUUGGUUCCAAGCCUUGAAGGACGAUUUGAAGAUGAAGCACUUCAGGAGGUCUUAGACAACAUCCAGACUAAGAGAAGCUUCCAGUAUUAAGACAUUCAAGAUGUUGUCGUGUCGAAGUAAAAAAAACGUUUCUCGUCGCAUACUUUUUGUGUAUGUCAUCCGGCUAUAAAGCCAGAUGCAGCAUUUUGACAAUUUCAAACUUAUGCGUAAUGAAGUGCUUUCUUUAUGCACAGCGUUUAGACAAUUUCAAACUUGUGCGUAAUGAAGUGCUAUUUUAGGAGAUUUUGCACAAUGUUUUUUACGAAGAUGUAGUACCUCUUUCAAUCAAAUGGAAAAAAAACGGAUGGUCAACAAUUGCCUGUGGAAAAGUAUUUGUUGUAGAAUUUUCUUGUCUUAGUUUCACAACACCAAUAUCUAAGAAAACUGGACACAGAUCGUCUUUCAUUUGUCUUGUUCUUACUUCAUUUGAACCAUUGACACCCCUCCACCGACAGACACCACAUGUGGCUAAUGUCUACCAUUCUAAUUUGGAGAAAAUGCUAAGAAAAAAUUAUUGAAAGUUAUUAAAGGGUAGGUACACAAAUAUUAACUUAAAACUGAAUUGGUAAUGAGCAUUGGAGAGCUGUUGAUAGUGUAAAACAUUGUGAGAAACA